AACAAAUGAGUUACUACGUUGUAAUUUAUUAAUUGUUAGGUCAUAUUGAUCAGUCUGAUUGUCAAUAAUACAGUGUCAAAUAUCCCAAAUCUGUGUCAUUAUGAUCUUUUCAAAGCAGUUUAUAACAGAUUCCAAUGAUCUUGACUUAUGUUUAUUGUGUAUAUGAGCUGUGUUUUUGUAAAACCUCUGAUCUGGUUCAAAGUAACCCUUAUAGGGAUAUUGAUCCGGGAAUGUGUGGCCUCAGUACUGCUAAUAUCAGCUGUUGGGUUACAGACAGAUCAGUCUGGGUUAUGAAAUGAUUUCCUCCGUGCCAGCCUUGGCAUAGUACAUGCACAGGUCAUCUGAGGUUAAACAUGUCGCCUCUUACUUAAAUACGAGAGGCUGUGAAUGUUUUGGGCAGCCUUGUGAAAGUCACUGUCCAGUCCUAACUGACCGUACAAUACAUGUACAGCUGAAAACAUUUAUUAAAAUCCGAGUCAAGCCUGACCGCACUGGAGUGGUUACAGACGGCGUCAAGCAUUCGAUGAACCCCUUCUGUGAGAUUGCGGUGGAGGAGGCCAUCAAACUCAAGGAGAAGAAGCUUGUUAAGGAGGUUGUGGCUGUCAGCUGUGGUCCUCAGCAGGUUCAGGAGACGAUCCGGACGGCUCUGGCCAUGGGUGCGGACCGUGGCAUACACGUGGAAGUGUCCGGAAAGGACUACGAGACGCUUGGUCCCCUGCAGGUCUCCAAGAUUUUCGCUGCUCUCGCUAAGAAAGAGCAAGCUGAUCUGAUAAUUUUGGGUAAACAGGCCAUAGAUGAUGACUGCAAUCAAACUGGACAGAUGAUAGCAGCGUUGUUGGACUGGCCGCAGGGAACCUUUGCAUCUGAGAUGACCUUAGAAGCAGACAAAAUGAAGGUGGUGAGAGAAGUUGAUGGUGGAUUGGAGACCAUUAAGAUCAAAUUGCCAGCCGUGGUGACCGCUGACCUCCGUCUCAACACUCCCAGAUACGCCACACUGCCCAACAUCAUGAAAGCAAAGAAAAAGAAGAUUGCAAAUGUGAAGCCUGCAGAUCUGGGAGUGGAUGUGUGCUCACGGUUGGAGGUGCUGAAGGUGGAUGAACCUCCUCAGAGACAAGCUGGAGUCAAAGUGGAGACGGUCGAUGAUCUGGUGGGAAAACUGAAAGAAGCUGGAAGAGUAUAGAGGAAGCAGAUGCAGGAGGGGCGGUGCAGACUAACCCUGAAGGUCUUUCAUCACUGGUGAUGGAGCAGACUUUGAGGCCAGUAAAGUCUGGUUCGGCCCUGUCACAAGUCCAGACCAGACCCAUGUAGUUCAUGUAGUACCUGCUCCUGUGUGUUUCUGACUCUUAUGUUCAUGUGGAUGCUGAGAGA